AUGUCCUUUGUGCCCAAUCAAAGAACCUCACUGUAUGUCUGUGAUAUACCUUUGGACCUCCCUUAUCCGGAAGAUGCUCUCAGUUCCCUCUUCAACAGCGUUGCGUCAGUUGUCUCUUUGAGAGUCUGUCGCGAUAUAGGCACCCAAAAAUCGCUCGGGUAUGCGUACGUCAACUUUUCAAGCGCGGCUGAUGCUGAGAAGGCGCUAAAUGUAUUGAAUUAUACCGAUAUCAUUCCUGGACUGCAAAUUCGGAUCAUGUUUUCGAUGCGUGAUCCCAUGGUCCGGAAAAGCGCCUUGAACAAUGUCUGCAUCACAAAUUUGAGCCCAUCCAUCACUGCAAAAGAGCUUCACAAGCUAUUUUCCGAGUUUGGUAGCAUUCUAUCUUGCAAGGUUGCGUUGGACCGGGACCGGAACAGUAAGGGUUAUGGGUUUGUUCAGUAUGAAACCGCAGAAGGGGCGAAGUCCGCACUUCAGAUGCAUGGCAAAAGAAUUGGAGACUCAGAAGUCAAUGUCUCUCCAUUUAUGCGUAAAUUGGAGCGUGACGCCCAACGUGAAAAAACUUUUACAAAUGUUUAUACCAAUAAUAUUGUAAAUACCGCCACAGAUGAGGAUAUCAAAAAGGUAUUCGAGAGGUUUGGGAGGGUGACCUCUUUAUUUAUUUCUGGAGAGUCUAAGCACACCACCAAGUUUGCCUUGGCUAACUUUGAGAACCAUGCGGACGCCGUUAGAGCAAUCGAAGAGCUUAACAACGCCGAAUGCGAAAUCUCUGAUCCAACGGUGCCGCUGAUGGUGUGUCGUGCACUUAAAAAGAGCGAGCGUGCGCGCACAAAACCAAAGAUCCCUGCCAUCUACCAAAGCCAAGGUCGAAACCUCUACGUCAAACACCUAGGCGAUGACAUUCGGCAGGAGGAAUUAGAGAACCUGUUUAGCCCGUUUGGGCAAAUUGAGUCCUGCGCGCUAAUGCGCGACACGAACGGCAUCUUCCGCGGCUUUGCGUUUGUGUGCUUUACCGAGAAGGAGUCCGCCCUCGCGGCGAUACGGGAAUUGAAUGGGAAGAUGCUCCCCAACGGCAAGAGGCCGUUGUACGUUAGCCAGGCGGAGCAGAAGGACAUGCGGCUGCGCCUUCUCCAACAGCGGCACUCGGCGCUGAAGCACCAGCGCCCGAUGCCCCCUCCGAUGGGGAUGUACGGCCCGCAGCAGUGGCCCCAGCACUACCCAAUGGGGAACUCCAUGUACAUGAACGCGAAUAUGGGAAUGCCGCCCUUCAUGCACGGGCCGGGCGCGAUGCGGCGUGCGAUGCUGCCGAUGCCGGCCCCGGGUAAUUACCUGCCCCGGCAAACCCAACCGCAGAUGCCGCUGCCGACGGCGCCGACCGGGGCCGGGGUCCGCACUGCGGGCGCGGGGAUCGAUCUUAACCAAUUAAGCAUGAUGAGCGCCGAAGAGCGAAAGAACUUCCUUGGGGAGACGUUGUACAGUAGAAUUGUGGAGCAGGUCCCGCAGCAGGCGGCGAAAAUUACGGGGAUGCUUCUUGAAAUGGGUACCACGGAGAUCUUGGAUGUCCUGGCGAACGGGAACGCGUUACGGGCAAAGGUAAAUGAGGCGGUUGCCGUUCUUCGUCAGCACUCGGGGUAG